GUUAGUGUUUUUCCUCCUCAUUUCCCUUUUUUCGAGGAAAGCCUCUCGCCGCGCUUCGGUUCCUGUUCCGUGCUCCUGGUGCUCGAAGGGAGGGCCGAAAGACCCCCCCGACGAUGCUUCUCGCGACGUGGAGGCGCGUCGCGAGCGAUCCUCUCUCCUCCGAGUAUUGAGGGCAUCCGGAAUAUCAAGCUCGUAAGAUGGAUUCGGAUCCUGUUUCGGAUGUGAGCGUUUCUGUCGAUGAUAUCGACACUAAUUGCUCGGAGCUAGGGUCUUGUAAAGUUGAUUCGCUUGCUGGUGUCUCUGUUAGUGGAGAAAUGAAUGGAGAGUUGGGAAGGGCUGGGGAGGUUCUGACAAGGAUAGAACUUGAUUUGGCAUGUACUUCCGAGAAGUUUUACAAUCUUAAUAUACUCAUGAUGCAUGUGGCGACGGAAGAGAGUGAAUUCGAAGUACUUGAUCCGGAGAGAGGUCAGAAAAUGGUGAGUUCCAUGGAAAAGGGCUUGGAAUGCGAUAUCUUGUCUGGGUUUUUGGAUUCAGAGGUGAAAGAAUUGGAUGAUUUCAUCACCACUCUUCGAAAAGAGAUUGAGGAUUCUCAUAAGUGGAUAUCUUCGUCCCAAAACCUAGGAACAUCUUUCCUAGAGUUGGAAGAGAAGUUAAGUGAUUCCGAGAAAACAUUGGAGCAGCUGCGGGAGCAGGUCUUUGAGUUGCAAGCACAAUCUUCAAUGUUCCAGAAGACAUUAUCAUGCUUUAUUGGAGAAGAGAGGAGGGAAAGGGAGAUGGGUGCGGGCUUCUUGGCAAAUGGUGGGUCGUUGAAUGUCAAGACAAAAACCAAAAUUCAAACAGCUGAACAGCAUAAGCAUUUCUUGAGGAUGCUGGAGAAAUCUUUGGCUAGAGAAUUAGAUCUUGAGAAGAAGUUAACCGAGACAAAGCAAACCGAUGAAGACAUGAAACUGAGGCUGCGGUCUGCAGAGCAAGAAGCUUUUUGUUUAGAAGAAGAAGUAUUUGAUGCGUGGGAGAGAUUGUUUGAGGCAGAUAAUUCUGCUGAGGUUCUUCUGGGCAUCUCAAGAGAUCUACUAGGGCGACUCCAAGUCACCCAGUUUAAUAGAAAUGGCUUGAUUCAGCGAGAAGCCGAGCUAAGAUCUAAGUUGGAGGAUACCACUGAACAGUUGAAAGUGAAGGAAAAUGCUUUGGUGGAGAUUGAAGUCAGCAGAAAGGAACUUAGUGACUGUCUUUCGGCUCAGGUGGACGGCUUAAGAGCCUGUUUGAAGGAAGUUCAAGAUAAACUAAAUCUUGCCAAUUCCGAGAAUUCAAUUCUUUGGGACAAGGUGAGUUCACUUGAGAAGCAGGUGGAAGAAUCUGAAACUGCUAAGGGGUCCGAAGAAGGAAGUCAGGAAGAAACUAAUGUUGCAGUCUGUAGAAUGUCAGAAAUGGAAAAUCUUAUUGAAGAUCUUAAAGAAAAGUUAUCAGAAGCAGAAAGCAGAGUUGAGAAUGCAGAAACCAAUUACAAAUCACUGGAAGUUACGAAUAAGGAGCUUAAUGAAGAGUUAGUUUUUCUAAAAAGCAGUUGCUUGACAGCCGAGAAGGUUGAAGCACUCGAGAGGCAGUUGAAGGAGUCGGAUAUUCUACUACAACAUGCCGUUGCAUCAGCCGAUGCUAGUGAGGAGAAGCAAGCCAUGUUGUAUUCUGCUAUUAAAGAUAUGGAGGAUAUAAUUGAGGAUCUGAAACUUAAAGUUGCAAAAGCUGAAAGUCGCGCUGAUAGUGCAGAGGAGAAGUGCAUCAUAUUAUCUGAAUCCAAUGCUGAGCUAAACGAUGAACUGAUUUUCUUGAGGGGGAGAAUGCAAGGCUUGGAGGGGUCCUUGCAUCAUGCCGAAGAGUCGAAACUAGCAACUGCCAAGAACAUUGGAAUUCGGACCAAAGUUAUUGCUAAUCUUGUCAUGCAGCUGGCAAUUGAGAGAGAACGCCUCCAUAAGCAGUUGAAGUCGCUAGCAAUCGAGAACGAAAUUUUAGUGGUGAAGUUGCAGCAGACGAGCAAGGGUUCGACUGUACCUAGAAAUCACGAUGUUGGACAAGAAGAUCCCGCUUUUGAGUUUCCUGUGGCUGCAUCUAUGAGAGAAUGCAAAGAAAUAGAAAAAGAAUCCUUAGCCACCUCAACUUUGGUAGAUGACAAAUCUAAAGAUCCAUCAGCAGUCGGAACACAAGCAGAGCCUGGUGAAGUAACAUCUCAGCUUGACACUGUGAGGAGGAUAGAUGCAGGAUCGCUCAACUACAAGCAUGUUCUUUUUGCUGGGCUGAUAGCGCUAAUUGCAUCAGCAGCUUAUGUGUACCUACAGCAGAACGUUCCUUGAGAGAGCUUUUUUGCGCCCUGGAGAGCGCUUACAAGUGUAUCAUUUUUAGGCUGGCUUUUUGAUGCAAGUAACCACCAUCUUCCAAGUACGUUACCCUGAUCAGUUUUGGAUUUUGGAUCAAUUUUUUCCCUUCUCUAAGAUAUGACCGAAUACUGUGAAGGCGAGGACUACCAAUAAAUAUCUUGAUUAUGUAUCGCGGCCCUUCUAUCUCAUGGCAGGAGUUUCUGGUACGAUUCAUCUGAAAGUGCCGGUGCUAAAGAAUCACGUCCGGAAUGUGGUCUAUAGGUGAAGUACUAGUACUCAAAGCUGAACUUGAUACAAGGUGCUCAGUCUAUAUAUAAGUCGGAAGAUCAGUUGCCUGGAGUUGUUCGGGCAAGUAAAUCAACAGGUUAAGAUCGCUCUAGCCAUGAUUUUGCACUUGCCCAAACUAUUGCUUUGAGUUGUUCCCUACUGAGCUCAAUCAAAUUUUGUACCCCUCGAAACUUUUAGGCGAAUCUCGUGCUAUGUGAGUUGUUUAUCUUCUCUUUAAAGUAUGUUUACCGACUCUUGAUCACCUAUUCAGCUUCUUGAUGUGCUGUAUUUCCAUCUUCUGUAUCCGAACUUUUCAGUUGAAUAUACUAAUACGCAUGAAAUUUUCAAUGAAGAUAGUGAUUGUUUAUUCAA